GACGGAGGUCCGAGAAGCCGGAGAUCCUCGGAGCGGCGGCGGCUGUCCUCCGUGCCCGCGUCCCCGGAGCGACCCUCCCCACAGGAAAGCUGUCCCCUCCCUCUCGGACCCCGCCCAUCCCUCAUCAGUCAGCUGAGUGUAAGCCCCGCCCCCACUCCUCCGGCUGCAGGUCUCAUGGCGUUCAGGAAGGCGUUGAAGCGGGUGGCGGUGGUCUGCAGUGGGGUGGCAGGCGCCACCUUCAGCCUGUGGCAGCUGCUGGAGUACAAGAAGACACAGCCCGGCUCGGCGCGGCUCGCUCACGUCGCCGCCGAGGCCGAGCUCAGCGUCCCCUUCGCCGACGAGCUGCCGUCACGGCGCGCCCAGCUGGAGGCGCUGAGGAGCAGCGAGUUCGACGUGCUGGUGGUUGGAGGCGGAGCCACAGGGGCAGGAUGCGCCUUGGACGCCGUCACUCGCAACCUGAAGACGGCUCUGGUGGAGAGGAACGACUUCUCCUCCGGAACCAGCAGCCGCAGCACCAAGCUGAUCCACGGCGGCGUGCGCUACCUGCAGAAGGCCAUCAUGCAGCUGGACUACGAGCAGUACAUGAUGGUGAAAGAAGCGCUCCAUGAGCGAGCCAAUCUGCUGGAGAUCGCUCCUCACCUGUCGGCGCCGCUACCCAUCAUGCUUCCUGUUUAUAAGUGGUGGCAGCUGCCGUACUUCUGGGCCGGGAUCAAGAUGUACGACCUGGUGGCGGGAGUCCAGUGUCUGAAGAGCAGCUACGUCCUCAGCAAGUCCAAAGCGCUGGAGCUCUUCCCCAUGCUCAAGAAGGACAAGCUGGUGGGCGCCAUCGUUUACUACGACGGCCAGCACAACGACGCCCGCAUGAACCUGGCCAUCGCCCUGACCGCCGCCCGCUACGGCGCCGCCACGGCCAACUACACCGAGGUGGUGCACCUGCUGAAGACCGGGGACCCGAACGGCGGCCCGGACCGGGUGUGUGGCGCCCGCUGCAGGGACGUCAUCACAGGGGAGGAGUUUGACGUGAAGGCUAAGUGUGUGAUCAACGCCACCGGCCCCUUCACCGACUCCCUGCGGAGGAUGGACGACCAGCAGACGGAGAACAUCUGCCAGCCCAGCGCCGGCGUCCACAUCGUCAUCCCCGGAUACUACAGUCCUGACAACAUGGGUCUUCUGGAUCCGGCGACCAGCGACGGCCGCGUCAUCUUCUUCCUGCCGUGGGAGAACAUGACCAUCGCCGGGACGACGGACACCCCCACGCAGGUGACGGCCCACCCCAUCCCCGGAGAGGACGACAUCAACUUCAUCCUGACGGAGGUCCGCAACUACCUGAGCCCCGACGUGGAGGUGCGCAGAGGCGACGUGCUGGCGGCGUGGAGCGGCAUCCGCCCCCUGGUGACUGACCCCAGCUCCAAAGACACUCAGUCCAUCUGCAGGAACCACGUGGUCAGCAUCAGCGGCAGCGGCCUGGUCACCAUCGCCGGGGGGAAGUGGACCACCUACCGCUCCAUGGCGGAGGAGACGCUGGACGCGGCGGUCCGGGCGCACGGCCUGCGGGCGGAGCCCUGCCGGACGGUGGGCCUGGUGCUGGAGGGGGGCAAGGGCUGGAGCCCCACCCUCUACAUCCGGCUGGUGCAGGACUACGGCCUGGAGAAGGAGGUGGCGCAGCAUCUGGCCUCCACCUACGGCGUCAGAGCGUUCGAUGUUGCUAAGAUGGCUCAGGUGACAGGUCAGCGCUGGCCCAUCGUGGGAAAGAGGCUGGUGUCAGAGUUCCCCUACAUCGAGAGCGAGGUGAUCUACGCCAUCAAAGAGUACGCCUGCACCGCCAUCGACGUCCUGGCCCGCCGGACCCGCCUGGGCUUCCUCAACGUCCAGGCGGCCGACGAGGCGCUGCCCCGCAUCGUCGCCAUCAUGGGCCAGGAGCUGGGCUGGAGCCAGGAGCGCAGGACGGCGGAGCUGGAAUCGGCCCGGAAGUUCCUGUACCAUGAGAUGGGGUACAGGUCUCGAUCCGAGCAGCUGACCAGGACCUCGGAGAUCAACCUGGACAACCAGGAGGUGGUGAGGUACAAGAAACGCUUCCACAAGUUUGACAAGGAGAGUAAAGGAUUCAUCACCACGGUGGACGUGCAGCGGGUGUUAGAGAGCAUCAACGUCCACAUCGAUGAAAACGCUCUGCACGAAAUCCUCAACGAGGUCGACCUGAACAAAAACGGACAGGUGGAGAUCGACGAGUUCCUGCAGCUGAUGAGCGCGGUGAAGAAGGGCCAGGUGUCGGACAGCCGGCUGGCCAUCCUGAUGAAGACGGCCGAGGAGACGCUGGACGAGCGGGGCCCGGUGACGGUGGACCGCAGCGGGGGCGGAGUCUGAGCGCGGCGGUGGGAGGGGCCAGCGGUCCGCUCUCCUCACUCCACAUGUGCUUUACUUCUUCUUCAGAAUCCUUUUUCUAAACUCCACCUCCGUUAACCGCAGCUUUUCAACACCUGAACGUUUACCGACGCUGCUAACGCUAACGCUAAUGCUAACACUAACGCUAACCCUCCAGAUGUGUGCUGAUGUUCGUGUGCAUGACGAGAUGAAAGACCAAAAAUUCACACUCCAGAAAAUGUUUGAGUUUUUAAAGUAAAAACUGUUUCAGCUGCCAGAGUCUGACAGAGAAAGAUUUAAGCUAAAUGUUUUGAAAUGAAAGAAAAAGUCGUGAAUGUUUUAUCUUUUUAAAUGUUACGUUUGAUUCAGGCUGCUGCUUCUUUUAGGUCUGAUUUAAAGUUAAACUGAGAAUGUAAAGAGAAAGCAGCAGGUUCAGCUGAAGGUCGGGAAGAACUGAAUGAAAUGUUUUAAACACUGCUUUGACUUCGUUACUGAGCUGAAAAACUUUACUUUCUGUGACAGUUUGAGCUCGUUUUCAGCGCCAGGCUGCUGAAAGAACCCGCCGGUCUUCGUCUCCUGACGAUUCCGAAUCGAACCGCUGAAAUAGUUUGAAUGUUUUUAUCCUGCUGAGAGAAAAACCUGCGCCUGCUCCGCUUCCUGCUGGACUUCCAUGUGAGAUUUAAAGUUUUUUUCUAUUUUCUGAUUUAUUUAUUCUUUGUACGUCACUUUCAGAGAUUUAUUUUCUUCACAUUAAAAGAGGGAACUUUUUCAAUCACCGAC